GAGAGCGGCUGUGCGGAAGUUCUUUUCAUCCGUGCUGCAGGAGGGGUUCGCCUUUCUGCAUUAUUCUCGCCACAACUUUAUACAGGGAUUAAAGAAGAAAAGCUGAACCCUCGGCAACACAGACAGCGAUUGGAGUUUUUUUAGUCAUUUAGUCGCAGCUUCCUUCCCUGCUGGCAAAACAUAAAGAAAACACUACGCAAUGCCCAAGCCCAGCCACAGUGAGCAUGUCCUGCAACAGCUGAAUAACCAGAGAGAAUGGGGGUUUCUUUGUGACUGCUGCAUCGCCAUCGGAGAUAUUUACUUUCGGGCUCACAAAGCUGUCCUUGCAGCCUGCAGCUCCUACUUCAGAAUGAUGUUUAUCAAAGACCAACAGGUUAUGGCCCGUCUGAACCUCAGCAACAUGAAGAUCAGCGCUGAAUGCUUUGAUCUUAUCCUCCAGCUGAUGUAUCUUGGGAGAAUAGUGGUUGGCCCAUAUGAGUUUGAGGAGCUCAAAGCUGCUAUGAUUUAUCUGCAGAUGUAUUAUAUUCCAGAGUCUCUUGAGGACCUGAAAGAUAUCAGAAGUACAAGUCUAACCCCUUCUUCUUCAUCUACAACUUUGGGCCUGAUGAAGAGCAAAAUGAUGUUUGGCGUUCGCAUGUAUGAACAACAGAAGCAGAGCAGUGUGGAAGGUGAUCGGUUGCAGCAAGCCACUAGCUUGACCUCUACAGUGCAAAGUAGUAGCACAAGCAGCAGCAGACAGAUCGAAGACAUAGUGGUGUCUCAUGUGCUGCCUCAUGUGGACAAUGUGUCAGACCAGCCAUGUGACUUGCGCAAAAAACCCUCUGGAAGAAGUUCUUCCAUGAAGGAGCGUCCUCGCUUUGGACGAACAUAUACGUGUGACGACUGCGGCUUUGUGUUCAGCUGUGAAAAAUUGCUGAUAGAGCACAUUCUCACGUGCACGAACAGAAAAGCAUUCCAACCCCCCAAGAUCAGGAUGGGAGCUGAUAAUGAUAGCAGCAAGAUGGAAAGUUCAGCCUCGGAGUCAUCAGAAGACCAUAGCGAUGUUGGCAAAAUGGACAGUGACUGGCCAGAGCAAAAGUCUGACAGUGAAACAUUCAAUAAAGAAACUGUGAUCAAGUCUGUUGGGGCAGGAACAGAGAAUAAAUCAAAGUCCUCUAGAAAUACCAUCAUUAUCAAAAUUGAGCCAGAAGAAAGCUCUCCAUUGGAAAUGGAUAGCAUAAAAGUGGUUCAGGUUGGAGAGCAUAGUAUAGAUGGUUCAAGCACACAAAAUUCUGGGUAUGAGGAUAUGAUGAAAGUCCAACUUGUGGAUGACAAAGAUGAGGAAGCUGGCAUUUCUGGCUUGGAAGACAGCAAUAGCCCAUUUGAUGGCCAUUUGCCAAACAGGGAAGACAAGGGUACAUUAACCAAGGUCAGCACUAUAAAAGAGGAAAGACAAGGUACUCUCUAUUUGCCUUGUGAGCUUUGUGGAAUUCUGCUGACUGAAGAAGAUCAGUCUUCCCAUUAUAUCUCCAGUCACAUGGGGCACAUUUGUGCUUGUGGAAAAUGUGGCCAGAUUUUAAUCAAAGGUAGGCAGUUACAAGAACAUGCAGAGAGGUGUGGGGAAACCCAGGAUGUGGAAACUGACUCGGUAGGGGAAGACUCCAUUGGCGGGGAGAAACAGACCAUGGACGAAGGCCUGUUAGAGGCUGAUAUGAGCUACGAUGGCGAUAUAGCUGGGUCUUGCCAGAUGUACAAAGAUGCUUGUUUUGCCUUCCGAUGCCCACACUGUGGCCUGCAUUUUGAGAAUGAGAAACUGGUAGUGGAGCACAUGGUCAAGUGUCCCGAUCAAGACCUCUACAGGUCUGGCCUGGUGGAGGAAGGAGACCGGGAUCACCGACGGAAACAUUUCUGCAGUAUUUGCGGGAAAGGGUUUUACCAGCGGUGUCACCUUCGGGAACACUACACAGUUCACACCAAGGAGAAGCAGUUCACCUGCCAGACGUGCGGGAAGCAGUUUCUUAGAGAGCGCCAACUACGCCUCCACAAUGACAUGCAUAAAGGCAUGGCUCGCUAUGUCUGCCCGGUGUGCGAUCAAGGUACCUUUCUAAAACACGAUCACGUACGUCACAUGAUCUCCCACCUGUCUGCAGGGGAGACCAUAUGCCAAGUAUGCUUCCAGAUAUUUCCCAACAAUGAACAACUAGAGCUGCAUAUGGACGUACAUUUGUAUAUCUGUGGAGUGUGUGGAGAAAAGUUCCGCUUGAGGAAAGACAUGAGGAGCCACUAUAACUCAAAACAUGCCAAAAAAAUAUAAGGGAGAUGGAAGAUUUUGUUAUAAAAGCCAUAAAUGUGAAAAAGACUGUAUUCACCCAAGUACCAAAUAACGGUUGUGUUUUAUUAUAUGUCUAAAGGUAAUUAGUGCCAGAAGCUUUAAGUAUAGUGUUACAUUUUCAGUUUUGAACUUUAUGAACAUUAUUUCAGACUAUAUGGUGUGAGUGCUUAAUGGGCGUUGUAUCCUCACUUAUGGGUUUUUCAGUUAAAAAAGGCUUUUAGUUAUCAGUAUAAACUAAGCAAAUCUUAUUGUAUGUGUCAUUGCCAUUAUUGGCUGUGCUUUUUCUCGUUUGCAAGAUGUUUGCUUUGUUUCCAAGGUGUAAUACCUUAUUUCAGUUGCAGUGACACAGAAGAAAGAUUUUCUUCAGCUCGGCUUGCUAAAAGAAAGCACACAGACCAAAAGUGCCGUACAAAUAUUAUUUACCUUCCCUUAACUUGCAUACUAUUUUAUGUGAGGUUUCAUUUUGUAUAAAAUAUAGAAGAAGCAUUGAAUCAAUUUUACAUCCUUUGUGUAUGUUACAUCCUAUAUUUUAACUCUGAAUUACAUAUACAGUAUGUGUGAAUUAUUUGUAUCUUUAAUUUUAGGAGAGAAAAAAGUAGAUAGUAUAGUUCAUGUGAUUUGGACACAUGGGAGAGAUGCAAAACACAGAAAUGUGGGUUGGACAUCAGAUGGGAUUCUGUCUGCCAAUAAUAUGAAAAGAACACGUUGUAAAGCAUGCAUCUUAAAACAGUGUCUCUUUAAAAGCAUUUUUUUUAAGAAUUCAUGGCAGGGUAAAUGAGUAAUCACUGCUCAAUCGCUUUUUUGACUAUGGACUUUUGCUGAAAGUCCUUGAUAAGGAGUGUCAUUCUAUUUUUUAAAAGGUUUUGUAAAAGGCUAGGAAGUUGAUAAGAAUGUAAACCAAAUGUUUUUUAGAGAGGCAAAUUCUGAGGCUGAUGAAUGACAUGAUUUCAUUUAAAGUCUUUUUUGUAAAUACAAUUUAUGUGAAAUGCAACAGGUUAUGGAACACACCCAUGUGUUAAGGAUAAACAUGUUAUAUUUGUCAUUGCUGUUCACAGUGCUGCAUGCGUUCCUAAAAUCUCUCAUCCAAUAUAAUAAUGAUCCUUUUGUUAUAGCAAUUUAAUCUUAUCUUGAUGUGAUUUUGUUUUCAUCCUCCCAUUUAAUUGCUCUUGGCCAUAAAUUAAAUGGGAGAAUGAAAACAAAAUUACAUCAAGAUAAUUCCUCCCAUGGCAGAGGUCCCAGGUCAGGAUUAUUUCCUGCUUUCAGUUAAUGUAACAAGACAUUGCCCUUAAAGCAACAACUAGCAUUAGUGCAUUUAAUUACCUGCAUUUAGUUAAAGAAUGUAUCCAUGAUACAUACCACAAAACGACAGAAGCAUUCUCUCUCAUACCAGUUAUUAAAAUACAAAGGAGCUUACUUUUAAUUCAGUUUUUUGUUCAUUCUCCAUUUUAUUGAUGACAAGUAUAAAAAUAAUUUUCAUUCAAAUUAAUAUAAUAUUUUUGAAAAGCAUGUAGUGCAGUGGGCAGCAAUUAUAACUGGUAUGUUUUCUUUCAGUAUCACCAUUUACUCCAAAACUGUUUUACCAAAAGAUAUUGUAUUAGUACAACAAUUCCUACUGUAUGUUAUGCACCUUAGGUUUUGUGUUGCAAAACGUUCCUUUGCUUCAUAUCCACAUUUGGUCUGUUCUUAAUGUCUAUCAUUGGUUUAUCAUUCCUUAAUGAAGCCUUCAUCUAUUUCAAAUCUGUUUAUCGAUUCACUGAUUUAUUUCAUUUAUUACUUCAGCAAAGACAUAAUAGUAUAUGACAGUCGUCAUUUUCCAGACAUAAGGCUUUUGCACCCAGGUGUAGCAUAGGGACAAUCAAACUUAAUUUUAGCCUUAGAAGUGCGUAUGGGAAAAAAAGAUGGUGCUGAUGAAGAUUUAGACUUUUGUGUAUCCAAUUUUUACAUGAAACUCAGUUGUUAGGUGUCAUGAACUACACGUAUGUGUCAUAUUAUAACCGGUGAUGCUUCAAUAAUAACAACAUUAAGAUGCCCCUUCUUAGAACAGGGUCAGGAUUGAAGAGUUUAUUGAAGCACAGCUGCAGUGUUCAAGAAAAACACUAUUAAUGUUUUAAGCCUAAUGCUAUAACAUUCUCCUGUAAAAAAGUUAAUUAUUUGACUACCCCUUAUAUUAUCCUGCCUUACACUGUGUAUAGUUCAACUGUGAUGCACAUCACAUACACCUCACAUUUAUUAUUUCAAACCCUUUACAAUUAAUAAUUUAUCCAUGUAUUCAAAAAUAGAAGUAUCGCCAGCCUACACUUACAAAAAUGCAAUCUGCUGAUUUCUAAAAUGUAAUUGAUAUUGGCAUCAUUUUAAUUUAUGCUCAGUUGUAAAACUGGAUAUUUGACUGGAACAAUCUAAGUGUGGGUACUUGCUCAAGGAUACAACAGCAGUAUCUCACCUGAGAUUGGAACCCCUCCUGCUACAAGUCUAGUGCCCUAGCUAUAAAAAGUUGUCUUUUAAACUGACAGUAUCACCUCUUCUAAGUUUAUUGAACAGCAGCUGGGAGUAAAUGGUUCUAAUGAAUUAAAUAAUAUACAGGUUGUGAAUAUGUAUAUCUGUAGUACUAUAAAUAAGUGUCUAAAGACUGUCUUUCACUUCAGUAAACUUGGAAGACAUGUAGUAUCAUGUAGUUUAAAAAGCUUUAUUUACCCCCCCCCCCAAAUAAAAAUAGUAGAGAUGGAUAUUGCCAAUAUUCAAUGUCUGUGAUUCUGUAUACACUUAUUGUAUAUGUCAUCUGAUUAUUUAAUUUUUAAAGUUACACAGGCAAAGGGAUCUCUGGGGUAAAAGCCUUUAAACAUUUAGGCUCACAACAUCCAUACUGUAAUAAAACCUGGUAGACAUUACAGCAAUAUGUUGACGGACAUUUGUUUGUGGAAAGCACAUAUUGAUGGAUUUGAUGUUACAUCUUUUCAUGCAGUGGUAAUAUUUAGGGUUAUAACUGUCCUUGCAUAUUUUAAACCAUGUGCAUUUGGUAAGUCUUUUAAAUAUAUUCUAUAUAAUUGACAAUUUUAGAGGCAGUUUAUUCUAUACUAAGAUAAAUAAAACAUUUCCAUUUAACUUUAAUUUACUUGCAUGGCAGAAUGUUGUUUCUCAUAUUGCAAAAGAUUUAAGGUACAAAAUGAACUUUUUUAUUUAUUACAUUGUGAACAAAUGGUUUCAUGAUAAUUGAUCACAUUGCCGUCAGAAUUUCUGGAAAUUAGUUACAAAUGUACAAGCAGUAAUGAAAUUUAAAUAAUACCACAACAUCAUUUUUAAGCUGAAGUUACUGAAACUUGUAUAUUUGAAUAUAUUACAUUUCAAAGCAUGUCGGUAUGUUCAUUUUAUCAGUGUCACUAUUUAAGGUGAAACAUUUAAUAUAUUAAAAGCUGUAAAAUUAAACUGCAAUAAAUGACUAAAAUGUACUUGAAACACCACAGACAUUUAAAUCCAUGAAAAGAUAUGUUUUUGUAGAUGAUAAUUUCUGAGGGUUAUGCAUUGUUACAAUAUUUUAAUGAUGUACUGUACACAGAGUACUCCAGAGAAACAAAAUAUACUGACAAUUACUGAAAGAACUCCAAAUCCAAAGGAGUUUUGCAGAACUGUAUUGGCACAUCACAAACUUCAUACUCUACCAAAGAUGUUGUGGUCAAAAUGGAAUAGUUCUUCGAUUAUUUUUUUAUUUCACUGAAUGAUUUUAUAAUUUGCACUAUAUUACUCCAUCUUGAGUAACAGCUGUUCUGUUGGAUCGUGACCUACAGUACCAAUGUUACAAGACUUAUCCUAUCCCUUUUUUUUAGCUGUCCUCCUAAAUUCAUAAAUAAAGGUUUGAAUGCUUAGAGUUAA